CAAAAAAAGGGCCCAGCAGCAACCAGAGCAUAGUAUGGAGGCAACACGCAACGGAUCGUGCGCUCUUCGGUUAGUUACACAGAGGAGGAGCCAACUUGCUGCUGCUGCUGCCUGAAGCUUCUGACUGAAAAGCUUCCUACUCCUGCAUGCACUUGUGCUCUGGUCUUGGGGUGGAUUGGCAACAGCCACAGUAGAAGAUUUCAAUGUAAACACUCGUGUUCUCGCGAGCUGCUGUUAUAGGUCAUCAAGGUGGUUUGGUGAGUGAUCUUCCGACCGAUGGGUUAGACCGGUUGACUUUGAUCCGAGUCCUCUUCGGUUGAGAUUGAUUAGUUAAAUCUCCAACUGAUUUUCUCCAUUGGUCACUGGCAGAGGGAUUCGUCAUGAGUGGUCCCAGAGACUGGACGCUCCAUGCCCAAGAUGUUGACGAAGCCACAGAAAAAUUAUUCUUUGUUAUUCAACUCGAGUAUAACUGGAGGGUCAUAUGUUUUGAUGGUUGGAAUGGAUUUGGAGCAUCCGCUGUUCUUAGAUCAGUAGCUGCAGUGCUUCCAUCUAGGAGAACCACUCCAAAACUAUGGUUUGACAAAACUAUCUUUGUAGAUUGCUCAAAGUGGAAAAAUAGAAGAGGAGUGCAGAGGGCAAUUGCAGAGGAAUUGCAAAUUGACCACUCUGUAAUGGCUAUUCUAGAUAAGCAAGAUGAAGAUGAUGAUUUUCGGGGCCAUCAUGAAAGCGAAAGGCAUGAGAUAUAUAGUGUUAGUCAAGUGAUUUAUCGGACCAUGAGGGAUAUCAAAUUUGUAAUGAUUUUUCUUAAUGGGGGUGAUGAGGAAAUUGACUUAGGUCUCAUGGGUAUUCCUCUUGGAAUAUAUGACAACAACAACAACAAGGUGAUAUGGACCUUCAACAGAAGCUGCCUGACCAUGCAUCACGACCAUUCCGAGGUAGCAAAAAAACUAAGAUAUACUCAGGAUUUCCUUCAUUGUGAUAUCAGACGAUUGACAAGCUCAGAGUUUCGUGAACUGCUACAUCAACUAGCUGCUACCAUGGUUGCUUGCAACCCGUGUAUGCUCGGCAUUGACCCAAAAAUUAUUGCAGAUUGUUGUCUCUAUGAGUUAUUCCUGCACUAUAAUUUCCACAACUUUAGUAAACUUGGUUGGGUUUCUCAUGCUUGCAACUAUUGGAUAUGCAACGCAAUCAUACAAGGGGACAGAGCAAGGGAUAUCAGUAAUGCAUUGCAUCGAGAGAUAAAUUGGAAGUGUGACGCUUCUCUGCUUGACCACCAUGUUCUUAAAAUGUUCAUGAAACAUUCGGAGUCUCCUUUUUUGGUAAUUAAAGAUGAUGAUGUCUAUGAAGAAGGCCCAUACAAUUGGAUUUCGGUCACGUCAAGAGAUGCAGAAGUACAUGGUAUGAAGGCAAUACCUGCAACGGCAUCAUCUUUCUUCUUGGCAUUUGAAAUAUCCAAACACCCACCAGCUUUACCAGAUGAAUUUUUUGAUCAUUGCAGCAAGCUCGGUGUGCUGGUUCUCUACUGCUGUUCCUUCAGUUUUGCUUCACCUUCUUUCCUGGAGUGUCGUGGCCUAAGAUUCCUUGGACUGGACCAUUGUACAGAUGACAAAACUAUUGGAGGAGAGAAUCAUGCAGUUUGGUUAUGUCUGUAUAGCUUGUGGGUGUUGGACCUGCGUUACACCGAUUGGAAUGAAAUCUUAUCCAAGGAAAUGUUAAAUCUCAUGAAAAGUAUCAGAGAGUUAAAUAUAGAGGGAGUCAGGGGCUGGCAAUACACCGCUGAGCUACAGGGGCGGUUACCUAACCUCCAGAGGCUCAGAAUAAUCAAACCAACAUGUCAAUGUGCGACCUCAGAGGAUGUCGAUAACUCCUUUACAGAUAAGAAAUGUAUGGAAAUACUGGACUUGACAGGCAAUUGUCACAUGAAAAUUCUUCCACCAAGCCUAUCAAAGGCAUGUAGCCUCCGGUUGAUUGUACUUGAUGGUUGUAAUGAACUGGAAAGCGUUGGUGGGCUUCCUCCUUCCCUCGAAUCCUUUAGCUUUAAUGGAUAUGGUGCAGCUUCUAAAUGGACACAGGCUAUUGAGCUACCUCUGGAACAAUUUCGUCCAUCCAGUACAAUAGAUAAUAAGGAUAUCAGAGUAUCCAAGAUCUCUUUAGCAGGCUGCAAACAACUGGAGAAUUUGUUCUUGUGUUGGCUACUAAACCUAGUGGAAUUGGACCUCUCUGGAACAUCAAUCAAGAUACUUGAUUUCAAGACUAUGGUGGUGCAAGUCCCAAGACUCAAGCGACUGUUUCUAAUAGGAUGCAAGCACCUUCGUGCAAUAACCUUUUUGCACGAGAGUGUUCCUGACCUGGAGUUGCUGUGCGUAGACACGCGAGCUGGAAUAGUGUGUCCUCUUCGGCCAUCCAUCAGUAAAAACAAACCCACCAGGUUGCAGGUGCAUGGUGUUGUUGUAGAUGCACGGCUUACUCACUCCUUGUGGAAUCUGAUCUUUAAUUAUAGACAAGGUGGUGUCCACUUUAAUAUCCACGUCACAUCCUCACCUGUGUAUGACGGGAUUAUUCAAUUUGAAGCAACCAGCAAGGAUAUGAUUGGCCCCAGUGAUCAAGAGAGCCUGCAGCUUAUUCCAACAGGCCGGUACAGUGAUGUCGUUGGGAUGGUUGGUGUUGCCCCAAUGCAGGCCUUUCCACAGCCUCCGACUACAAAGUCUGAUCGACAUGUAGAGAUUGCUGAUGGGAGCUUCUACGUGGAGAGAGAACUUGACGUAGCACUAGGCGCCCUGAUGGAAAAGCGUGCAGAAUCCCUGCAUGUGCAUGAUGUCUUGGUACGUGCUAUUAUUCCUGAAUACAAAUCGUGGGUGGAGCUUAGGUGGUGCUGCGUGGAGAGGUGCCCAAAAGUGGAUACCGUCUUCCCUGGGAAUUCAUUCGAGUUUACUGCAUUGGAGACCUUAUGGGUGUCAGAUCUCCUAAUGGCCCGCAGGAUUGUGAGUAAAGGUUCACGCUUUAACCGAUACUAGUAGUUGGGGCGCCACCUGGUGGCGCCUCUUGAGGCGGGAUUUUGCGCACUAAUCAAUCUAACGUAUUAGUUAACGUCUAUGUAUGACAUGAUUCUUACUUCAGCGAGUAGACAUGCAGUCCAAAAGAGCGAUAGUUGCAUGUUGGUUGUUAAAAAUACAAGACAUGGCAAUAGAACUGCAGCACCAAGAGUAUUGAUUAAGCAGAGCAAGCAUAGAAGUUCCAUGCAUGUGUAUUUCUUUUGGUGAUUCUACAGAGCAUAAAAUGCCAUAUUUAAAGAGUCGGAGAGCACAUAUAUCCUUCGGCAUAAAGUUCUUGUAUUCUUGCAAGUUAGAGAUAUCAUCAACCGGUUGAUCUCAUAUUUCUGAAGUAAGGUUGAGGUGAAGAAUGUCUUCCAGUCCAUGAAAGAGGUGCCUCUACAUACUUGCAAGGCGUAAACCCAUCAUUGAAUUCUUCAUGAGGAGGUCAUUUCUGUGUUAGCAUUUCCAGAAGAACAAUGUCAUAGUUACAGACAUCGCCUUUGGUUGGGA